GUCAGGUCACCCUCGGCCGCCCCUCCGGUCCCGCCUGCCCCGCGCUCCCGGUGCCCGCGGGGGCGCGCCCCUGACGCCCUACAUAUACUCAGGUGCGCCGCACCUGUCCGCCCGCACCUGCCUGUUCGCGGCUGAGCAGCCUCCCGCCCAGGGCACUUUGGGGACCUCCAGCCCCCAGGACGGCGCGGACACUGCCCGACUGCCUUUUGUGUGAGUAGGGUCGCCCAGAGCGCCGGAGGGGACCGCCCGGCCUUCGCGGAUCGCUCUUUGGACCCCCGGUCCUCGAGCGGAGCCUCUUCCUCGAGCUGAGACCCUCGCCCCGCCGGAAGGAUCGAUUUAUUUUCUCCGGGUGACAAAAAGAUUUGGGAUCACCCGACCCAAACCUUCUCUUUGGGUGACUUAAGACUCCGCCGCAAGUUGUCUUUCCGUGGGGCCGCCCCCCAAAUUUGCUUUGUUUCACCGCAGGGUCGCCCACCCGGCGUCCCCAACCUCUUCCGAGGGCGAACAUGGCCAACUCGGGCCUGCAGCUGCUAGGCUUCGCCCUGGCCCUGGUGGGCUGGGCGGGCCUGGUGGCGAGCACCGCCAUCCCGCAAUGGCAGAUGAGCUCGUACGCGGGCGACAACAUCAUCACGGCCCAGGCCAUGUACAAGGGGCUGUGGAUGGAGUGCGUGACGCAGAGCACCGGCAUGAUGAGCUGCAAAAUGUACGACUCGGUGCUGGCCCUGUCGGCGGCCUUACAGGCCACCCGUGCCCUGAUGGUGGUGUCCCUGGUGCUGGGCUUCCUGGCCAUGUUUGUGGCCACGAUGGGCAUGAAGUGUACCAACUGUGGGGGAGACGACAAAGUGAAGAAGGCCCGAAUAGCUAUGACCGGAGGCAUCAUUUUCAUUGUGGGAGGUCUUGCUGCCUUGGUAGCCUGCUCCUGGUACGGCCACCAGAUUGUCACGGACUUCUACAACCCCCUGGUCCCCAUGAAUAUUAAGUACGAGUUUGGUCCUGCCAUCUUCAUUGGCUGGGCAGGGUCUGCUCUGGUCAUUCUGGGAGGUGCCCUGCUCUCUUGCUCCUGUCCUGGGAGCGAGAGCAAAGCUGGGUACCAUGCACCCCGCUCCUACCCUAAGCCCAACUCUGCCAAGGAGUACGUGUGAGCUGGGACCCCCCCAGCCCCAGCCUGGCAGCCUCUGGUGUGCCCAGGUGCUGAAAUGACCUGGGGCAGAGCUCAGCCCAUGGGUGGGGUAUGGAACUGGAGCCUCGCCUCAUCACCCCGCACACCAUGUACAG